AACUGUGAAAGGGACUAUUGUCUUGUCAACAGUAAACCAGUACUAACAGGUUAACUAACAACCUUAACCAGUACUUACUGGUUUUUCUAUGUUCUCACGAAUGUAUUCUAAACAAUGCAGUCACCCUUUAGAGCAAGGGUCUUGAUUGGGUGAAAUCCUGACACAUGACAGGUAGUCCUCUGUUUCUUUCCGCUUAUCAUCUCUUAUUUUCAAAUCUAAAGAUUUAGUAAUUGUUGAGAAAUUUCAAAACAAUCGUUCUCGCCUCGACUUUUCAUUUUCAAAGUAAAACCACGAUAGGUAAUAAAGGGAAGAGUUUUGAUAUGGCAGGAUAGUAAGAAGUCCAAAACAUGGCGUGCCUCCGCGCGCUCAUCAGGAAAAAAUUUAUUGACCCAAAAACCAUCGCGGACACUAAACUUUCACGAUGCUUGAGCGUCCUUGAUUUAACUGCCCUUGGUGUUGGCUCGACACUUGGGGCUGGAGUAUAUGUUGUUGCAGCUGAAAUCGCCCGUGAUGUUGCCGGACCAGCCGCAAUUAUUUCAUUCCUAAUCGCAGGAAUAGCGUCUGUGUUAUCUGGGCUUUGCUAUGCGGAGUUUGGAGCCCGUGUACCCAAGACUGGCUCAGCUUACGUAUACAGCUAUGUGACGAUUGGAGAGAUCGUGGCGUUCAUAAUUGGAUGGAAUUUGGUGUUAGAGUACAUGAUCGGUGCUGCGGCUAUCUCAAGGGCUUGGAGCGCUUACUUUGAUUCUGUCUUACAUGAUCAAAUUCGCAAAUUUAUCACUACGAAAAUUGGAGAAAUUAACGUGAGCGGACUUGGUAAUUAUCCCGAUUUUUUGGCCUUGUCGAUUUGUUUAUUGAUCACAUUGAUCCAGUUAACUGGGGUCAAGAAAUCCACUCGUUUUAUCUUCCUGAUCACAUUGGUCAACAUUGGGGUGAUUACUGUGAUCAUUGGCGUUGGAGCCACCCUUGCGCAGCCCAAGAACUGGAGUAAUUUUAUGCCGUAUGGAACAACUGGCGUACUUGCAGGUUCAGCGACGGCAUUUUUUGCGUUUGUUGGGUUUGAUGUAAUAGCAACCACAGGAGAGGAGGCUAAGAAUCCCAGCAAGUCUAUUCCAAUCGCUAUAGUAUUAUCUCUACUGAUAUGCUUUAUUGCCUACUUUGGUGUUACGGCGGCAAUCACGUUGGUGGUGCCUUACAAUGAGCUCCAGUUGGGCGCUGCUCUGCCUAAAGCGUUUGCACAGCGAGGUGCCUACUUUGCUCAGUACGUGAUUGCUGUAGGAGCAUUGUGUGGAAUGACAGCUGCCAUCAAUGGCGGGCUCUUUCCCCUUCCUCGUCUCCUCUACGCUAUGGCUUCCGAUGGACUUAUCUUUAAGUUCUUCGCCUAUAUCAGUAAGAAAACUGAAGUCCCUCUGGUAGGGACGUUAUUUUCAGGUGCUCUCUCGGGUAUCCUUGCGAUGCUUUUUGAGCUCCAAGAGCUUGUAGAAAUGAUGUCCAUUGGGACCUUACAAGCGUACACUAUCGUGUCCACGUGCGUUCUUGUCUUGCGCUACCAACCUGGUGGAAUCGGUAUCACCCUUAACGACGAACCGCAAGACAAAGAACUUGAGGGCCCAGCCCCCGCGCCUACCAAAGAGCCAACUGAAAAAUCCGGCAAAAUUGCUAGGUAUUCCAUAGCGUUCCUCUUUAUAAAUUUCUUUGGACUGAGCGCGUUUCUCAUUCAUGGAAUGGUGCCAAUGUUCCACUUAAAGCCCUGGGCCAUUUUUGUUGCAGUUUUCUUGGUCAUCACGUUUGUUGUCUGUAUUAUUCUUAUUGGUAUUCAACCCAGGAGUCGAAUCAGGCUGCCCUUUAAAGUUCCACUAGUGCCCUUUUUGCCCUUAGCAUCCAUGUUUAUCAACAUAUACCUGAUGAUGGAACUCAGCUCAGUUACUUGGAUUCGGUUUUGCCUUUGGAUGAUUAUUGGUAUGUGUAUUUAUUUCUUUUACGGGAUACGUCAUAGUGUCGAAGGACAACGUCAAAAAGAGCUAGGCAACUACAUUCCUUUACAACAAGUCGAUGAAAAGGACCCAAAAGAGACCUCUGAGGAACCCCAACCAAAAACAGACGAAGACAAACCAGAAGCAGCGAAAGAAAAAACAUCAGACGAUAAACGAGAUGAAUUCAGUACUCCAUCUUAACUGUUCAUAAAAUUAAAUAUUAAGUUCAUACGGUUUCAUUUUUCAAUUAUUUUAAAUCGAGGACCUCUUCACUUUGGGGAAUAGAGCUGUUAAGUUGUGACGUAUUUCCGUGUAAAGAAAAACGCUACAAUGCAGUGGAAAAUGUUGUCAAUGACUCAAACUCCACCUUAAACAUUUAGAAAACUGUAAAACAAAUUCUGAAAAUGAAUGGAAGAAAAGGUAAAAAAAAAACUUUAUAAGACUAGCUGCUUUUUGUUUGAGAUGUGGAAGUCGUUUUUCCAUAUGAUUGACAUCACACUUAGAAUAUCUGUUGAAUUCUUUCUCAAGUAAAACAAAUUAUAUUGUUUCAACCAUCGUGUUUUUGUGCGUAUGCACAAAUAGCAACAUGUAUAUAUAAUAUGGGGAACGGAUAAUUAUUUAAAGAAAAUUAUUUAUAUAGUUAAUGGGGUAGAAAUUGUUUUUUACUUUGUUUGCAAGCCGAUAAAGAGUUACUACAGUAUAUAGGCAUAAGGGAAAAAGGGAUGUGUCGAGAGUUGUGAGAAGGAAACCCUUUCCCUACCUCCCGAGAAAAGAAAUCAGGCACAUCCUAGCCUGCUAUACAGGCAUCCUUAGGAUCUGUCAUGCAACCUGGGGAGGGAAAUGUUGUGUGACAGAACCUAAGAACAGCUGCUUUGGAGGUUAGGUACAUCCUUGAGUGAUAGUAACAUCACAUAGAAUAUAGCCAGCAUUAUUUUCUUAAUUGGACAGGUCUUGUUGAUAUGGGAUUAAUUAGGCAGCUAUAUAAUUAAUAGAUAAUGGGAUUUCAUGCUCCCCAAUCAAGAAAUAAUUGGACUCGAAAAAUUCCUACAGCCUCAUCCAAUUUUGGAAGUCCUCAGAAUUUUCCUUGUCCAAUUGCAUGGAGUCCUAUUACAUAUACUAAUUGGACAGUUACCUAUAUGGGAUAAAUGAGAAGCUGUAUAAUUAAAUUGAUAAAUGUAUAAUUUAGUGUGUGAAAGAUGGUAUAACCAUUAAUUAUAUAUGGAUGUUAUUUGCAGCACUUAGCUGCAAAAGAUAUAUUCAAAUGCUUAUAUAUGUAGUUGAAUUAUUUGAAUAAAGUAUU